CAGCAUAGUAAUCAUGUUUCUCAACUUACGUUCCAGUCCACUCACCAAACAGUGAUUAUAUGAGAGAAAACACAAUGUAUCAAUUUCUUCAAUUACAAUACCUCACUCAACAAGUGCGAUAUUUACGUUUCCUUCAAUCUCAUCUCAACUCAUUGUCAAAGAAAUGGACUGUGGGUAAUUCUGUAUCUCAAAGAUAUACUACAACUUCAAGGACUUAUUGCUGUCUGUGCAAAAAUAGGAAUUAUUCUCUCAUUAAAAGACAAGGAUAUGGACUUAGGAAAGAAGGUGAAAGAUUUUUGCAUGAUGGAAUAAAUGGAAAUAAUGGUAAAGAUGGAAAUAAUCAGAUUGAAAAUGAAGCUUACAGCACAAACAAAGAAAAGAGUGAUAAACCAGAAUGUAUAAAUGAUGAUAGAACUAAUUUAGCUCCAACAGAAAUAACCAUGACUGGUACAUGUUCAAGUCAAACUGAAGAAAGAAAUAUACUGGAUGAUACUGUUGAAGCUAGUUUAAACGAUAAUGUUAAUGAGGAAGUUAAUCUAAGUGAGGCUACUGGUGAUGCUCAUAAACAAGUGGAAAAAAUGGAUAAGAAAAUAGCAGAUAUUGAUAGUGCAGGGGAUGAAAAUGGAAACAAUAAAAGUGAUAUAGAUAUCAUUAAACAGUUCCUGACUGACAAUGAACUGGGUCAUGUGACGGGCUAUACAGGUUAUCUCACAGUGUGUCCAAAGUUAGGAAAGUUAGCAAUGAAAAGAAGAAGAAAAGAAGAUAGUCUUUACAUCAAUGCUACUUCUGGUUAUUUUUACUGUCACCACUGUGGAACUAGUGGAUCCUGGUCUCAGCUUCAAGACAAUGUUAAAUACAUCAAAUCAAGGAAGAAACCUCUCAAGCAGAUUGAGUGUUUCAAAGAUAUAGCUGAUGUAGUAAGGGAAUCUAAUGAAGAUCAUACUCCUGUGUUGAAACAUUUUGAAGGUGCACAUGAUUUUAGGUCAGUGACAGAUGAAAUGUUUGAAACAAUACAGUCAAUGUUUGAGUGGCAUGGUAUAGAAAAGAGAACAUUUAUUGAAUAUGGAGUAAAGUGGAGGAGAAAAGAGAAUGAAUAUUGGAUCAUGUUUCCUAUAUACUCUCCUGUAAAUAAAGUGAUCACUUCAGUGAAAGUUUUUAAUGGGAAGGUAACUGAAGAAGGAGAUAUCAAGAUAAAUACAGUCCAGAAAUAUCCCAAAGGAAAGAUGAGUUAUCUAUUUGGCUGGCAGAAUGAAGGGAUGAUAAAGCGAGCUACCAAACAUACAGUGGUAAUCACAGCAACAGAAGCAGAUGCAAUGGUUGUGUCACAGUCUACAGGCAUUCUAUCCUUAUCAUUGACCAAUGUCUCUCAACUACCUCAGGAAACAUUACCAUUCCUGGAAGAGUUUUCUAAGGUAAUAUUAUGGCUAGGUACAGACAGUAUGGCCUGGGAUAAUACAAAAGUGUUUUCCAAGAAGCUUGGUGAUAAAAGAUGCCAUGUCUUUAAACCAACAGAAUUAAAGAGUAUGCCUCAUGAAGUUAUACAGAAUGGUGAUAGUAUACAUACAAUUCUUGGCAAGUCCAAGUUGAUGAGUCAUCAAUCUAUUUUAACAUUUGCUAAUGUUAGACAAGAAGUGUAUGCAGAAUUUGCAGAUUUUAAUCAGGUUUCCGGAGUUAAGUGGAAAAGAUACACAAAGUUGAAUAAAUUGUUAAAAGGUCAUCGUCGUGGAGAGCUGACAAUUUUAAGUGGUCCAACUGGGUCAGGCAAGACAACUUUCACAUCAGAGUAUGCCCUGGAUCUUUGUAUGCAAGGGGUAAACACUUUAUGGGGAAGUUUUGAGAUCAGCAAUGUAAGAUUGAUUAAAAUGAUGAUGCAGCAAUUUUGUGAGAAGAGUAUAUCCAAGCAUCUAGAUGAGUUUGAUGCUAUAGCUGAAGAUUUUGCUACUUUACCCAUGUAUUUUAUGGCCUAUUAUGGUGAAGAGCAAAUGAGGAAUGUUCUUGAAGCGAUGUCACAUGCUGUGUAUAUACAUGACAUAAGUCAUGUGAUUGUUGACAAUCUGCAGUUUAUGAUUGGAAUGGACUACAAUGAGAGGAACAGGUUCUUCAAACAGGACCAGGUUGUCUCAUCAUUCCGGAACUUUGCUACAGAGAAAAAUUGCCAUGUAACAUUGAUUAUUCAUCCAAGAAAGUUGAAUGAGACAGAAGAGUUAUCAACAGCAUCUAUUUUUGGAAGUGCUAAAGUUACCCAGGAGGCUGACAAUAUAUUACUGAUACAGGAUCAGAGACUUACCAAAUCCUCCAGGAAAAAAUAUGUCCAGAUUGCCAAAAAUAGAUUUGAUGGUGACCUUGGAAUUAUGACAUUGAACUUCAAUAAAGAAAACUUGACAUUUGAGACAAAAGAGAAAAAGAAAUCCAAAAUGUUAGAUGAAAUGGAAGAGGAACAGGAAGAUGAGAACUGAUAUAAAAUUAUAUUACUCUACAGUAAUGACAGUGGUCUUAAGCAACUGGUCUACAGCUAGCUUACAAAUUGUUAAUUAGUACUCAGGUGCCCGUUCCUACCUGAAAUAAUGCACAGAGGGGCAUACAAGAUCUUCAUCCACCAGAAAAGCUGGCAAGUUGCCUAUGACCUUUUACAGUUUUGGUGCGAUGUAAAACCAAACCAAAGAAAAAAUAAAGCUUCCCUUUUUCACGGGUACUGUUUCAUAAUUACAGACUUUAUCAGAGUCUCUAAACUUGACUAAUUGAAAAAUAGGGAGAGCUAUUGUUUUCAACCAGGUGUUGGCAGCACACAUUGCUCAAGUUUUUGCAUGGAAGUUGGUAUCUCCAAAACUACUGAAACUUCACACAAUUAUUGAAGAGUAAAAUAGGAGGUCACACAUAUAACUCUUACAUGGAUUUCAGGCCCUUGUUUAACUAUCAGGAACUGUGAAUAGUCAAGCACACUGCCCCCUACUGACAGCUCUUGUCACUUAUAUUAGAUUUCAUUGCUCUGGAAGGAUUUACCAAUCUGAAUAGCUGGGAAAUCUGCCUAGUUUUAACAGAACAUUCAUAAAAAAUAUCAUGUCUUCAACUUAUUGCAGGCCAGUAUAAACUAGGAUAGAUUUUUGUCAAAAUGACUGUCAAGAGAAUGAUCAUGGUCUGUGGCAUAGUUUUUCUCACUUUUACCAUGUUUGUUGAAAUAUUUAAACAAGCAUUUUGAAUCUUUAUUUAGUUUUUAUGAGAACUGUGGUAGGCUGUCUAUUCUAGUCUAUUUUACAGUUUAUGGAGA